AUGGCACGGCAAAGAGCUGAGCGAUGGGGCGUUCCCUACGUGGAGACUUCCGCCAAAAGAAGAGAGAACGUAGACAAGGUGUUCUACGACUUGAUGCGUGAAAUCAAACGGCGGAAAGGCGGCCCGAUGGGUGCGUCUGCUGCUGGCCUCGAUCCCUCGCAAACGGGAGGCAAGAAGAAGGGAGGUAUCAAGAAACUCUGCACCAUUUUGUGA